UCCCAUCGGUCUCGUCACACUUCAACGGUUCGAGCCACAGUGCAAGAACAAGAAGGCGGACUGGCUGUGAAUAGCUUUUGGAAGAGGGAGUGAUACAGCAAACAUUGGACUAGCUAACGUUAGCUAUAACAAAGACUUUUCAGAAUGGAUUAACCCGUUUUGCGAGAUAAUUAAGUGGUUAUAUUCUCCUAAGGACAACCUUAUAUCGGUAAAGGAUUGCUUGUUUUCAUUUUUUGCUUCUGAGAAAUUCAAUAAUGCAACUCACCACAGUGUGUGGAUAGUGAUGGAGCUAACGUUGCACUUCUGUAUCAGCUCUCGCUUUGGAUGCUUACUGCUUACUCAGUUUGUGUUAUAACAAUUUAUCAAUUAUAACAAUUUACCUAUUGAGAUAAUAUAGUACAACGACGAAAUGCUGGCUUGUAUGUGAGAACAUACGCGUCUGUAACUGGCUAGCAAGCCCAUACGCUUAUGUUAGACUAGCUAACAAGCUAGUUAGCUUGUUAGCAUUUCGGCUCGUCAACUGAUUGUCAAACGCGAGCAUUUUCCGUCACGAGGGAAGACGUUUAGAAAUCCCAAAAAGCUAAAUGUUUGAACCUUGUCUUUAAAACAGAUUUAUUUAUUGUCGGUUGAUAUUAAGUUAUUGUUAAAUAUCAGUUUUUGCCAAAACGGCUGCCCUAACGAAGUGUAACGUUAUCCCCUGGAAUCUUUCAAAAUGCACCAUCCUCAUUCUGCAGGAGACUCUGGCAGCGUCAGAAAGAUGGCGCACCCGGCGAAUUUUCCUAGAAGGGGUAAUGUUAGCAACAUUAACACCGGCGCCGGGAGUGUUCCCACGUUGUCAACACCGACUAGUCCAGCUGUUAGCAAAUGCCACGUUCCCACUGAAGACUACCAAUCCCCCCUAUUGAUGCAGUCUCAACCUCCUGUUGGAUCAUCCUCCCCUGGGCCUCAGCACCCUCCCCACAGCCUUAACCUGCACUCCCAGCCACAGCCCCAGGCUCUCUCCUCUGGGUCUCAGAUGAUGAUGAAGAAGAAGAGUGGCUUCCAGAUCACCAGUGUGACUCCAGCACAGAUCUCUGUGAGCACCAACAACAGCAUAGCGGAGGACACAGAGAGCUAUGAUGAUCUGGAUGAGUCUCAUACAGAGGAUCUGUCCUCUUCAGAGAUCCUGGAUGUCUCCCUCUCCAGGGCCAAUGACAUGGCUGGGGGUGCAAGGAGCUCCUCAGAGGAGACGCUGAAUAACUUUCAUGAGGCGGACACCCCCGGGGCUAUCUCCCCCAACCAGCCCCCCCACUCCUUGCCCCAGGGUCCCCAGCACGGAGGGAUGGUGAACGGAAAUGUGCACCACUACCAUCACCAGAGGCAACAUAAUCACCCUCAGCAGGCCCUGGCUCAGCCUCCUUCCUCUGACCCCCACUUUACUCCCACCUCUGGAGGGGCUGGGGGUGCCCUAAAUAUGCCUUCUACAAUGGAGGUACCUCUGGAGAAUGUUUCAGUGGGUUCUGCCAGUGUUGCUACUCAGCCUGUAGCAGCUGUCUCUCUCCCUGGAAUGCACAGCUCUGCUGCAGUAGCUACUGUUAGCAUAGCUAAUCCCCUGACCAGCAAUGUUUGUAAUGUGAAUAUGUACAGCUCUUCCAAUGUAUCUGUGAUGGGAGGUGUUAGCACCAGCGCUAGCAGCAGUGGUGGUGGCUUCCCCCCUAGUGUGAUGAGUUGCAGUGGGAGGGUUGGAGGUUUGAUGGGGAGUAACUUUGGCAACCCCAAUGUCAAUCUGAUCCAACACCAAAGCUCUGGAACUGUGAACUCGAGCAUCACUAUGAUUUCUGCUGCUGCCAGUGGCUCUGUGGUGUUGGGGCCCUCCAGUGGCACACAGGGUGGAGGAGCUGCCAUACCUCAGCCAGGGAUGAGCUCCUCAGGCAUGGCUCUAGCCUCAGUCCCCUCCUCCCAUCCCCCCCCAACCCCAGCUCCUGCCACCACUAGCUCCCGUUUCAGAGUGGUCAAGCUUGACUCCAGCUCAGAGCCAUUUAAAAAGGGCAGAUGGACAUGUGCUGAGUACUAUGACAAGGAGACCCCAGCUUCGGCCCCUGCCCCCUUGUCCUCUGAGGCUACUGCCCCUAGUGGCCGGGUUGUGGACAGCAUGCGGCCGUGUGGGCCUGAGUGUGUGAAAGUGGGGUCGGAGAGGGAGAACACCAGUGGGAGUUCAGUGAGCAGCACAGUCAGCACACUGAGUCACUACACAGAGAGUGUGGGAAGUGGAGAUGCUGGAGGCCCCCCAUUACUCCAGCCCCACCCCCACUACCAGGACUACUCCAACCCCCCUCCGUCCUUCCAGACCUCCCGCCCAGGUUUCCCCAUGGUGGUGUCCCAGUCUCACCUGCUGCCCACCGUGGCUCCCUCAGUCCCUGCCAGCGUUCACCAGCCUGCCCCCAUCAACAUGGUGGGCCUCCAGACCACCAUAGGCCACCAAACCACUCCUAUGCCCCAGCAGCCGCUCACCUACGCCCAGGCAGCCUCCAUCCCGGCUCCUGGCUCAGCUCAGAGCCUAGUGGGGGUGCUCCAGAAGCAGAUGGGCUAUGCUCUUACACAGCAGCCUUCUGCGACUCCCCAGGUAGCCCCGGUGCACAGGCUGAGCCAGGGAGGGGGCAUGCCUCCAGACUACCCCCAGCCCAAGGCAGGCUUACCCCAACCUGCUGUUCCACAGGCCCUGCCUGGUUCCGGGCAGAUGAUGGGAGUCUCGCAGCAGCAGGUGGUUGGCUCCAUGCCCCAGCUCCAACCCCAGGGUCUCGUCCAACAGCAGCCCCAGCAGACCUCAAUCCAGGCCUCUGUUGCAGGAGGGGGGUUAAUGCCUCAGAUGGGCCCAGGAGGAGUGACUGGGUUUGGGCAGCAGCCACAAGGACACUCUCUCCCCCUGGACCACCAACAUCAGCAACAACAGCAGUCAUUCCCAAGCAAAGCCCAAGGACUUGCCACCCAGCUGUCUAACACUGCCCUCCCUAACCAGGGCUGUCUAGUCUCCAAUGUGCUUCCUCCUAACCCACAGAGUGACUCCCAGCCCCAAAACGGCAGUGGCCUGGCCCAGUCUCACCCCCAGGCGCAGCCACCCGGGGUCAGCAUGCCCCAGGACUUCAGCAGUGCACAGGCCCACACCCAGGCUGUGGCUUCCCAAGCCAGUGCCCUGUACGCCAGCCUGCCCUCCUUCACCACCACCCAGCUGGAGGAUGCCCAGCGCCUGCUCUUCCAGGACCAGUCUGCCCUGCUGGCCCAGACCAUGGCCAAGCUGGCUGGGGAGGGUGGCACUGCGGCAGGCACAGGCCUGGGGACUGAAAGUAACGCAGCCGCCGCCACGGCCGUCAGUGCCUUAACCUCUUCUGCCGGACUCUUCAAAGCCGUGGAUGGAGACGAUGAUGGUUCGUCAGGAGCCAGUGUGGUGGCCAUAGACAACAAAAUUGAACAGGCUAUGGACCUGGUGAAGAGCCACCUGAUGUACGCAGUGAGGGAGGAGGUGGAGGUUCUGAAGGAGCAGAUCAAGGAGCUGAUUGAGAGGAACUCCCAGCUUGAGCAGGAGAACAGUCUUCUGAAGACCCUGGCCAGCCCAGAACAGAUGGCUCAGUUCCAGGCCCAGACCCAGACAGGCUCCCCUCCCUCCUCCACCCAGCCUCCAGCCCAGGCACCAACCCUACCCCUGACCCAACCAUCACACAACUCUGGACCCUCUGCGUAGCAUCACCUCCUACCCCCAGAGAGGGGUAGAUGAGGAAGUCUAUCAACCAACCAGGGCCUGACUGACUUGACAGUCCUCAGACAGACUCCUGUUCUAACGCUGCAGAACAACCAGGCCUUCAUUGCACGGGGCUACGCUGUUAAGACAAGAAUUUGCACAUAUUUAACUUUGAGAGCGGCGACAGGUGUUGUCAUCGUUUCAAGACUAUUAAAAACACUAUCAAAGAUAAUCUGCCUAGGAGAGGAGGGAAAGGGGCUGUUAUAGGAGAAUGAACAUUGCCAAAAAAUUCAUGGACUUAGGAGAGAGAGAGAACAAGAUUGUCUGACUAAGAAAAACAAAACCAACAAGAAAGUAGACAUGACUUAGUUACUGUGCCUGUGUCAAUGAAUUUCAAGUGAUGUCGACUUCAGUGGUAACGAUGAUGGAGGGAGAUAGUAACGGCCAUGCUUUGCUGAAUCCUGAUAAUGUAAAUAAAUACAGUGGUUCUCUUCUGCUUGCGUGCUACAGAGAGACAGACGGAGAAUGGAGCACCUCUCAUGGUGACAACGUGAAAAAUCAGAGGAUUAUCAUGGUGUGAUAGUCCCCAUCUGGCAUUUGGCGAGUGAGGGGGAGGAGAUCUGAAGGGAGAACACGACAACAUUUCCAUGGACGUCAUCAUUUAAACUGUGGGAUUGAAUGGAGUAUUGUAGCCUACACUUGCUUAUUAAAAGAGAUGAUGAUUAUGACAUUAUUUUAAUUUGAACCCCUCAGCCUUGCGCCCUGUUAAACCUCAUUGCGGCUUCUCUUCUCAUGUAAAGGAGCACAGGGGCUGAGAUGUUUGGCUAAGCUGCAUUUUCAAAAAUGAGUUGAUGGGCUUUCUACAUUGUGUAUAUUUCUGUAUAUUUAGUGUAAUAUAGUGACAUAAGGAGAGAAGACAGACGCUAUUUAGGUGAAGUACAAAUGGUGAGUGAUCUAGGCCUAGUAAUGGGCUGGUCUGAAGAUAUGUGCUGUCUUUUUAAUGCUGUAAUUCAGGACAAUAGAGCUGUGGAGGUUAUUUAACUGGCAAAUAUCCAGUAUCCAUAUCUUCGGCUGCAACAUUAACGCCUACUGUAAACCAUCGUUCACUUGAAAUGAUUUGAAGUAAAUGUAUUUUGUUUUCAUUUUGACGGUAAAGUACUUCCGGAUGAUCAGCUCUUAAACAUAACACACACGUUACUCUGAAUAUCAGAAAGAUGAACUGAAAUGGAUUCUUUGCAUUCUAUGUAUACGUUGUAUGCUCAUGUUCCGUGCAUGUUUCCUCAAACCAAAUGAGGUAUUGUAAACAUACUUAACACAAUUGCACUUGACAGUUUCACUUCACAACUUUCAAUAAAAUGUUAAAGGAAUAAUCAA